AUGCAGCAACAGGUCUCCGCAGAACUGGGCGACGUGGAGAGGAUCUGGUCCGGGUACUUCCCUGAAGAGAUCUUCACUGGAGAAGACAGGAGGGUCAAGCUCGUGGCGGAGCUCACAGAUUUCUUCGUCGCUCCGCAAGCACAGCCGCUCCUCUCUCAGGCACGGAUAUGCCUUUGAUGCGAUUUUACUAGUUGUACCGUCCAUGCUGUUUACUCCCUCCCCUGCUAUCAUACAAAUUUUGAAUCACUGUGAGAUAGGUUAAGUGGGAUGGAAUCCAUUCAGGUUCAACAUAUGUCCCGCUUUAUCCACCUGUCUCGUUCGCGGUUUCGUCAGACUGGCAGGCUGGACGUCAAGUGGGCAACCGGGUUAAUUCCUCAUGUUAGCGUGUGCACUAUUGGUUUCCUCAUGCCCAUACUGGGUGACGAUAAAGUAGUCAGAGUGCUUUUCACUCCUAUGAAGAUAAGAAAACGGCCCAUGGAUGCCAGGCGGAGUGUGAUGAGAACUUAUCAUGGUUUAUUUGUACGAGGGCAACGGGGCUAAGUGACGAUAGAUUAACAGAGGAAGAGAUUCAUAACUGAACACCGAUUAUGAUCACAAGUUAAAUACAACGCGUUUCGGUAAUUUCCCAUGUCCAUGACCUGGCUUCAUUUUUUUUCAAGAGUGAAACAACCUCUGAGUAAGGUGCCCUCGUUCAAUAGUCUAUCUCUGGAUAUUCCAAACGAAUGUAAUCAUAUUUAGAGGUGGAUAUAACUUUGGUGUUUGGAAUGCUAGGCCUAGAUACAGAUACUUGCAAGGGUUUACUGGUUCUCGAUCCAAGAUACCUCAGUAGAAUAGGCUAUGAUAAGCAGUUAACUUCCAAGGAUCAAUGAUAUGAUUUUCCUAUAUGAAUUUCCUGGGGUGCAACUCCCCACCACGAUGUCAUUGAGAAAAAAAUCAGGAGACUUUAAAUUUAUGAAGUUUUGAGAAAAAAAAAAAUCUUUAGAUGAUGAAGAAAUCUACGAAGGUUGUGCAAGGUCGGCGCUUUUCAUGUCUUUUUCAUGAUAACAUGAGGAAUUCCCAGACGCAUACCUUCGUAGAAAACCAAAUUCAUCCAUGACAAUGCGCUAAAAUAAUGCUAACAGAAGCAUUGGAUGAAGAAGGGAUUUUGGGUCUUUUAAGGGAUCUUGUAGCUAACUGUGAUUUCAAGUCUUGCCUCAAUUUAGUGCAUCUACAACUGUUUAUGCCUUUUUCAGCAGCAGAAAUAGUGCAAGAAGUAAUGUGUGUGUCAUAUUCACAGUACUCAUCGAUCAACACGGGCCUGUUUCAAGGUAUAAUGUGACGUUUCUGUUGGCAUAUCUGUGAAAUCCAUGAGAUUCUUUGUGUUCUCUUUCCUUUUGCGUGGUUGGGGACAGCUGAUCAGGAUGUCUAGUUGAUUUUCCUUUUCGAGCUGGAGUACAAGUUUCUGCUUUCAGCUUGACACGAUAAUUUUAUGAAUCACUUUUUUGUCUUGGGCAAACUGAUUAAGCUACUUCUUCUCAUGGAAUAGGUGCAACUUGAUGAUGGUCUCUUUGUUUUACCAAUCGAUUUCCAAUAUCUUAAGAAGACAUGUUUGGUUGAAGAGUUCUACACAGCUCUGGAGGUAGCACCUAAAGAGGCCCUUUUAUGCAUGGGGGCUGCAGUUCAAGUGGUACGUUUUUCCUUUCCUUGUUAGGUUUAUCUUUCUUUCUAGAUCAUACUGAUUUUGUGAUGACUGGGAUUCUUUUCCGACAGGCUCUGCUGCUGAAGAAGAAGGGUUACGACUUAGACCAUACAGAAAAGAUUAACAUUCGUUUGCACAAUCAUCCUGAAUCAUUCACUACUCUCAAAAACUUAAAAGCAGCAUAUAUAGGUGCCUCUUUAUGUCUGUUAAAUUUAAUCGAAUAAGAGAUGAAUGACAGACGUCAAUGCUGACAUUGUUUGAACAACAGGCAGGCUUGUUUCGGUGCGUGGAAAUGUUGUAAAGGCUAGCUGCGUUAGGCCGCUGGUGGAUCAAAUGGAUUUUUCAUGUGCAAAAUGUGGAGCUCUUAUUAGACGACUUUUUCCUGAUGGGAAAUACUCACCACCACUGAGUUGCAGUUUUUAUUCAUGCAAAGGCCGAACUUUUACCCCCGUUAGGUCUACUGCCAGACUUAUAGAUUUUCAAAAAAUAAGGCACGUUGUCACGCAAUCAACUCCUACAUAGACGUUACAGUUAUUAUUACCAUGCUGACUUUGUUAUCAGUUUACUCUGCACAGACUGCAGGAAAUAUCAAAAUCUGGAAGCCAUGAAGAAGGCCGUGUUCCUCGUACUGUGGAAUGCGAACUAACGGAAGACCUUGUCGAUUCAUGCAUACCUGGUGACAUUGUGACUGUUAUGGGGAUUAUUAAAGUGAUUAACACUUACAUGGAUCUCGGAGGAGGUAUUACAGGGACCUCAUAUGCUUGCCUGUUUUAAAGAUUCAUGUUCGAUUAUUUUGUUGUAUCUUAGGUUUUUUUACUUUCACCAUAAACAUUUUAGUGAAGUAUGAACAUUUUCUUUAUUCCUUGAAAAACUUGCAAGGGCACUGGCAUGUCUAUGGCGAUCAUAGUCAGGCACCACUUAAUCAAAUUUUAAUCUUUCAGGGAAGUCAAAAAGCAAAAAUCAAGGGUUGUAUUACUUGUAUUUGGAAGCAGUUUCUGUGAGAAAUUCAAAGUCCCAAUCUACUUCUGAGGUUCUCCAGGUCACUGGCGGUGACACCACAGAAAGAAUGCCGUUUGAUUUGUGUUCUUUUACAAAUAGAGACUUGGAAUUUAUUGUUAAGUUUUCAGAGGAGCAUGGUUCAGAUGUCUUCCGCCAAAUACUUCAAUCAUUCUGCCCAUCUAUCUAUGGACAUGAACUUGUGAAAGGUAGUACGUUUGUUUUGAAUAAAUAUAUUUUCUACAUUAAAUUUGACUUAUUAUUUAGAGGUUAUAAUUUCUUCACAGCAAAGAUUUUUUAAAUUCCCUCAUACAGUGAUGAUUCAGUGAGUUGUUUGACUCAAAAACCAUUCGGUUAUGUCUAUGUAUUAAUCAAGUACACGUGGGCCCAAAAAAUGAGAAGAGGUCCUCAACAUCUAACUUUGCGUUUUGGUUUAUGUGAUGAGUAUGAAAAACUCGGUUGAUCCAAAUUUCGAGCUUAGGGUCAACAUGUUCAUGUUUUGCACAUUGAAUGAUCCUGAACAGCUAGACACCAACACCUUACCCCCAUACGAGUACAGCCAUAGUUUGGUCAAGAGUACACCCAUACGAAUUUUCACAUUUUCAAUUUUAAUGCUAAAAAUCCAGAAGUGAUUUCAAGUGCAUACAUAUAUUCACAGAAUAUCCCCUUACACAGCCCAAAUCUGCCAACUUUUGGGCAAGUGCGUAUCUUCAAGCACUUUGUCAUCCUUCAAUGCUAGCAGUGAUCACAUAAUAUAACUUCUAUAUACCCCCCUCACCUUAUCCACACCACUCUUGCCUGUGUAAUUGAAAUAUCAUAGAAGACUGUUGAAGUUUAUGAGAUACAAGCUUCCGCAUAAAUCCAGAUGGUUUGUCUACUUCUGAGUUUCUUUUCCUCCUGGUAGGACCUUGUUAAUAAAUUUUCAAAUUAUUAGGUCCAAUGCAGCACAGUUAAGCUUUUGCUCUUCUCAUCAAGAGAGGGCUCACUGUUUGGGAAUUUUCCAUUGUCAAUCCUUCAUACCGCACUUUAAGGUCCAUCCUCUGAUGUGAACAUUACUACACCAUCUUUUCAUAUCCCAACCAAUGUAUAUUUUAAAUUUAGGAUUUUUCAUUCUGUUUUGCCUUUAUUUCUAUCAAGAUUGAACUUAUAAUUAUUGGAGAAAAUUGAACUGAAGAAUUAUCUCCUUGCUUUUGAAAUCAUAAGUAGGAGGAAAUUUUCAACAUAUAAAAUCCAAUGAAUAUUUAAUCCGUCACAAAAACCAGUGUUUUGAGUCACCCUUUGCCAAGUAGGCUCCUCAAAGAAGGUUGCAUCCCUCUGUUGAAGCUGUUCUUUAGGAUCUCAUCUUAUACUCGCCAGGAACCUUUUUGAGAGUUUUUCCCCAGCCAUCUGGUCUUGGACCAUUGUCUGGCACUUCUUGGCAAACCUUGUCAAGCAGUGAGUCAGAAAAUAGAAGCUCUCUAAUUUUAGUUCUGACGACGGGCAGCAAAAUUUGGAUAGAAGAUUUGAUUUGUAGAUGGUUUAGCAUUGUACAUUCCUUUCGUAUUCUUACCAGCAUUUCAAGGGUACUUUUGAAUUACUUAUGCUGCUUAUAAUUUCAUUGAUUUUUUUUUCAUUACAUAUACAGCUGGAAUAACGCUUGCACUCUUUGGAGGAGUACAAAAGCAUUCAACAGAUAAAAACAAAGUCCCUGUGCGAGGCGACAUCCAUGUUCUUGUUGUUGGUGAGGAUUAUCUGGUUCUAGUGUUAGCGCCUCCAAGUUUUUUGCCUAAUAAUUUUAUCAUGAAAAUUUUCAUUUGCGUGAGGCAACUUUAUCUUAUUACCUCAGGUGAUCCUGGACUAGGUAAGAGCCAACUUCUGCAAGCAGCAGCUGCGGUGUCACCAAGAGGGAUUUAUGUGUGUGGCAAUGCAACGACAAAUGCUGGUUUGACAGUUGCUGUUGUAAAGGACCCCAUGACGAGUGGUUAUGCUUUUGAAGCUGGUAGUACAUCACUCUCACAUUUGUACUUGUUAGUAUUUAUCAUUUGACAACGCCCUUGAAUUUUUUGUUCUGAUCAGCUUUACAAACAUCCAAAUUGGAUGUUUCUAGACCAUCACCUUCCACUAGAAUAUGCAAGCUUAGCAUCCACUGUCCUAUUCACUGUGAAUAGAUUGUAUAGUCUGCUUUCCUUAUCACAAUGAUGCAUGAUAUUACAGAGGAAGGCUUGAUAUUCCAAUGCUCUUUAUGCCCCAAAUGCAUGGUAAGUGUUAAACUUCUUCCUCAAACCCUAGAUCACCAAGGUGACUGCUCCAUGACUCCGAAUUCAAGAAAACACAGAAAGACUACUUUAUUCAUUGAUCGGGCCCAUAUUAUAUAUGGGUUACAAUCGGUCCUCAUUAGUUUUCGGAUCUAAGGACCCAUUAUCAGUAUCCAUUAUAGUUAAUUAGAUCUCAUAAGGGUAUUAUUACAUAUAGAAAAAUAUAUAGACUCAAGAUAAUAACAGUUUGACACUCCUCAAACUGGUGUAUAGAUGUUUUCCAUUCUCAGCUUGUGAAUUAACUUGUGGAAUGCCGGACCUAGGAGGCCCUUGGUAAAAAUGUCCGCCACCUGUAAUGAAGAUUGAAUAUAUGUAGUUUGGAUGAUUCCUUGCUCAAUUUUCUCAUUGAUAAAGUGUCUGUCCACUUCCAUAUGCUUGGUUUGAUCGUGUUGCACAGGAUUAUUGGCAAUGUUAAUUGCUGAUUUAUUAUCGCAAUUUAACAUUAUUUGGUCUAUAGUUCUGGACUUUAAGGUCGUCCAAAAUACCUUUGAUCCAUGGUGCCUCACAAAUUCCUUGUGCCAUCGAUCUGAACUCAACCUCUGCACUAGACCUUGCAACUACAUUUUGCUUCUUACUUCUCCAGGUAACUAGAUUUUCUCCAAUGAAGGAGCAGUAUCCUGAGGUUGGCCUUCGAUUCACCACUGAUCCUGUAUAAUCUGCAUCCCUGUAGAUUUCUACUGAUGUACCACCAUUUCUCUUAAAUAGUAAUCCUUGGCCUACUGUACCUUUUAAAUAGCCCAGCACCCUAUGGGUAGCUUGAAGAUGUCAUUCCUUGGGUUCAUGCAUCUGCUGACUGAGGACUCUCACUACAAAAGCAAUGUCUGGACUGUCCUCAUCAUAAGUUCCGAGUUUCAAAUUUAGAUCCAUAAGAGUACCCAAUGGCUUGCACAUUAUUUUUUCUGCUUCUUGAAGAAGAUCAAGAAUAUAUUUGUGUUGAGAAAUGAAAAUUCCUUGUUAGGAAUAGGCAACUUCUAUGCCUAGAAAAUAUUGCAGCCGUCCGAAAGACUUGAUCUCAAAUAUUUUUGAAAGUUGUUGACUCAAAUUAUAGGCUUCUGCUUUAUCAUUUCUUGUAAUAAUAAAGUCAUCCACGUACAUUAGAAGAAUUGUCAUUCCAUAUGAAUGUCAGUGCUUAAUAAAGAAAGUAUGAUCACCACUACUUUGUUUAUAACCCAUACUUUUCAUGGCAUUAGAAAAUUUCUCAAACCAUGCCUGAGGGGACUAUUUUAGUCUAUAUAAUGAUUUUCUCAACUUACAUACCUUUUGCCCAUGAGAAGAUAGAUAAUACCCCAGAGGAAGAUCCAUAUAUAUCUCUUCAUUUAGAUCAUUAUGAAAGAAAGUGUUCUUCACAUCAUAUUGAUCAAGUGACUAACCAAAGCUUGUUGUUAGUGCAAUUAAUAUGCACAUGGUGUUCAAUUUUGCAAUUUGUGCAAAGGUCUCCAAAUAAUCAAUUUCAUAGGUUUGAGUAUAUCCUUUGGCAACCAGACAUGUUUUGUAUCUUUUUAGGGAUUCAUCUGAGCUAUACUUCACAAUGUACACCCAUUUACAGCUAACAAGUUUUUUGUGUUAAGGGUGAUAAACUAUCUCCCAUGUGUUAUUUUUCUCUAGUGCCUCCAUUUCUGUGUUCAUAGCUUUCUUUCAAUUUAUAUCCUUGCAAGCUUCUUCCACAGUUCUAGAUAUGACUAUGGAAUGUAAGCUUGUGACAAAUACUUUGUAUUUAGGAGAAAGACGUUAAUAUGCCACGAAAUUUGAUAUAGGAUAUAAUAAUUUCUUUGUGCAGGUUCUAGUACCUUUUCUUAAGACAAUAGGCAGAUCCAAUUGAUCUUCUUCAUUCACUAUUUCUUGUCUCGAAAUAUUCUUAUCAUCAUCUUCUGAAGAUUCAUUAUAAUCUAGUAAAUUCUCAGGAUGAGAAUUACUUACAAUAGGGACAUGCAUGCCUUCUAAUAUACUGUUCUUUUCUUUUGGAUAUGUUGCUCUCCGAGUAUACACUUAUGUUAUCUCCUUUGUAUGAGUAUUCCGAUCUUCAGGUGGAGAUGAAGUUAUUUCCGAUGAUGACUCAGUCUGAACUACGAUGUUGUCUUGACCAGAUGAUUCUUUGACUUUCAUCUGCUCCUCUCUUGUAGAUAAGAAAUAGUUUUCUCGUUCAUUAAAUGUAGCAUCAGCUGAAAAAAAAAAUAUCUUCAGUUCUAGAUGAUAACACCUAUAGCCUUUUUGAGUCAUAGAAUAGCCCACAAAAGCACAUUUAACUGCCCUCGGAUACAAUUUAUUUCAUGGAUUUUUUACAUACACAUAGGCUGUGUAUCCAAACACUUCUGGACUUAAGUUUGUCUUUUGCUUUAUGUGAGGGUAUUGAACCAUUAGAUCAAGUAGACUAUGAUAUCCUAAUGUCUUUGAGGGCAGCCUAUUAAUUAGAUGAACAGUCGUCAAAAGAGCUUCUCCCCAAAUAUAUUUUGGGACGAUGAUGGAACAAUAGAGCUCUAGUAGUCUCUACUAUGUUCCCAAUUUUCCUCUCUGCCACUCCAUAUUGUUGUGGAGUGUAAAUUCAUGAUAACUGAUGAACUAUCUCAUGUUGUCUAAAAUAAGAUGUCACGGUUUCAUUAAAAUAAUUUCUUGUAUUAUCAGAUCUGAACCUUUUGAUGAGAGUGCCAAAUUGAUUCUAUCAUGGAGCAAAAUGUUUGAAUUACCCCCGUUAUUUGAGAUUUGUGCUUUGUGCUUAAGAAGAUAGACCCAAGUGAGUUUUGUACUGUGAUCAAUCAAUAUCAAAAACUAGCCAGCUCCAGAGGUAGUAACCAUUUGACAUGGACCCCAAACAUCACUAUGUAUGUGAUAGAAGGCAGAUUUACUUAUUUCACUCACUCCUCCAUAGAUGGUUCGCUUAUGCAUAGACAAUUGGCAGGCAUUUUCUCCAUCACAUUGUUUAACAAAAGAAGGAAACAUUAUUCUCAAACAAUCAAAGGAGGGAUGUCUCAUCCGAUAGUGUAACAACUUGAUUUGAUUCAGUUUCCUUGAGUCAUUUCCUUCACUUGGUUCCAAGCCAUUAACCAUAAGUAUUGAAAUAGCAUUUUCUUCAAAAUAGAGUAGGACAUCCUUCUCUUUAACAGGUCUAAUCUUCCGGUUCGACUCCUUAUCAUAUAUGAAACAACCACCACAAUCAAGGAUUAUUUUACAAUUAGUAUCUUUAACCAACUGUUGAGGGGAAAUAAGAUGGCCCUUGAGAUUAGGAACAUGAAGGACGUUAUUCAGAAUUCUCACAUUCUUGAUCUCAAGACUUCUCAUACCAACGACUAGAAGAAUCUCGCCACCUGUAGUAAAAAUAUUUUUCUUCCCACUACAAAUGUAAUAUGUAGUGAAUUUUGACCUUUUUGGAGUCAUAUGAUCCGCAGCACCAAUGUCUAAUAUCCAAUUAAUAUUCAAUAAAGAGGAGAAUAUACCGAGAAACAUUUGAGGAUCACCUGAUCGUGCUAUAGAAGUAGAGCCGAAAAGAGUCUUCAACUUUUCAAUUUCUUCUUUCAGAAAAUUGAUUUUACCUGAUUCAUUGUUCUGAUUUGUAUUUUGAUGUAUCAUAACAGUAGGUUCAAUAGUUGGUUUUUCCUUUCCUUGUGUUACUAUAGCACAUACUUAUCCGUGUCUUUGAGGUUUUCCAUGUAAUUUCCAGUAAUUCUCUUUUGUAUUAUUCCUCUUUUUACAAUAAGUGCACCAAAGAUUUUCUCUAGUUUCUCUUUUACAUUGUUUUCCCACAUUAUUUACUUGUUGUUGUUGUCAUGUUGAUGAUACUUUUGAUUUUGUUGUAAACACAACUCCCAAAUCUUCUUGGGCACCACAAGAUACCAACUUUAGAUGUGUCUCUUCAUCCACCACGAUCUGAAUUGAUUAUUACAAACUUGGCACUUUCUCUCUGUUUAGAAUUUGACUUCUUAAGGACUCAAAUUCUACAUUCAGUCUCAUAAGAAAUUUAUAUAACCUUUCCUUCAAGGUGUAUGUCCACUCUCGAGAUUCUAGAUUUUGCACUAGCUGAUGAUGAUCAGUUUCUCUCCAAAUUACUUAUAAUUCACAAGCAUAUUCAAGUACUGAUUUCUCACCUUGUGUGAGAUUUGUAGCCUUGGUUACAAGGCUGUAUACUCUCUAAUCGUUGUUCAAUUUAAACAACUCUUAUGAGCUAUAUCCUAUAGUUAUUUAGUAGUUUUCACGAAUAGGUAAUUCUCAUAUACAUCUCCAACCAUCGUGCUAAGAAGCCAUGUAUGGAUGGUAGCAUCAUCUGCUCUCCAUAUAUUAUAUCUAGGAGUUGACAGAUCAAGAGUCUCUGUCAAAUGUGAACUUAAUCCUCUUCCGAGGAGGAUUAACUCCACAUAUUGACUCCACUAAAUUAAAUUAUUUCCAUCAUAUUUCAAUUUUUCUAAAAUACCUGGAAUAAUUUGAACCAAUUUCUCCCUUUCUGUAAUUGAUGAUUGUAUGGCAGAGGAGGAUGAUUCACUAACCCCUGAUGUUAGUGAAUUUCUGGUCUCUUUCAUUCUUUAGUUUUUGCGUGCUACUGGCAUCGGUAGAUUCUUUUCUUAUUUCUAUUCCUUCAUGUUUCUCUUAACCUCUCAAUCAAGGUCCAGAGAUUGUGGAUAAAGAUAGCACAGAUUGCAAAAAACUAGAAGAACAAAGUGUGAAACCCAACCUGAUAAUCGAGCUUUGAUACCAUGUUAAGUUUCUUCUUCCUCAAACCCUAGAUCACCAAGGCUGCUGCUCUAAGACUUCGAAUUCAAGAAAACACAGAAAGACUAUUUUAUUCCUUGAUCAGGUUAUAAUCGGUACUCAUUAGUUUUCGGAUCUAAGGACCCAUCAUGAGUAUCUAUUAUAGCUAAUUAGAUCUCAUAAGGGUAUUAUUACAAUAUAAAGAAAUAUAGACUCAAGAUGAAAUCUGACAAUUUGACAGGAAGAAGUACCUUUUUUUUUAUGAAAUUAAUUUUGAAAUAUUUCAAAUGAAAAAUUGAUGAAUGCAAAAAAAAGUUUUGAAUGGAUAACCAUUGGUGAGGAACAUUGGUCUGAAGUUUGAAAUCCAUAAAACGAAAAUGAUGAAAAAAAAAUUAGGAAGUAUAUGUUGAUUUUGAAACUGGGGAUUUUGCUUUCAAUACCAGAUGCUAAUUCUGAUAUAUGCUUGCUUUCAAAAAACAUGCGUACUUAUUUUAGUCAAGAUCUGUGUCACUGCCACAUUUCCAGCCAAAAAAGGUUACAAAUGGUGAUGAUGGGUCUAAAUGUUUUUUUGGUUAGUUGUUGACUGACCAAGUCAGGAGUAUUUUUAACACCUCAGCGUCCAUAAAAUUUUAGUUUUUACUCUUUGCAAAUCUUGUGUACGUAACAUUCAGUGAUCCCAACAGGUGCCAUGGUUCUUGCCGACCAUGGGUUAUGCUGUAUUGAUGAGUUUGAUAAAAUGACAGCAGAACAUCAGGUAUUUUUAUGUUAAAUUGUAAAAAGUAUCUGAUAUGAGUUAUCUGGGAUCGGGAUGCAUCUAAUGAAUUUCCUCGUUUGUAUGAUUCAGGCUCUCCUGGAAGCCAUGGAACAACAAUGCGUCUCUGUUGCAAAGGCCGGGCUUGUUGCAAGUUUAUCAGCACGUACUUCUGUUUUAGCAGCAGCAAACCCUGUCGGCGGACAUUACAAGUAAUGAAACUUUUAUAUUCAAUCAUGACCUCCGAAAUACAACGUGUUUAAUGUGAUAGCUUCUCUUAUUCGUGGUGUCUCGUUUAUAUUUUCCAUUGUCCGUCCGAACUUCUGACGAGUGUUCGUAAUGAAUAGCAGACAGUGACAAAAAGUAUAAAGAGAAUGUAAUGGGACACGUUUUCUGUAGUGGCUAGCAUUUCUAAACUGCUAGACGCUAGAGAAAACGCUAGAGAAAAACAUUCGAAUUAGACCAUCUAUUGCAUUUUUGAGAUUUUAUGGAAACAUUGUGCCCGUUAUUAUUGCCUCCGUUUCGGAAGUUUCCGUGAUUCUACAUUCUCAAUGGAUCCUUGGGAACAUGGCGAGAAUAGUGACCGGCAGCUUUCUGGAUGCCGACCUCUGAUCUAUUGAUAUUCUCUUCAGAGUGAGUCGGCACCUAGUCGAGUGUUAGAGGUGAACCCUUGUGAACUAGCUCAAAGGGCAAUGCUUGCUGGGGAGGAGGGGGGGAAACAAGAUACUUCCUGUUCAGUGGCUCUUCUGAACUUAUAGUCCACAUGUGGCCUCCUGACAAGAGGCUAACAAGAGAUGAUACAACAAAUUAUAACCAUCAAUUAUUUCCCGCCUUUCUUUGAGCAAGAAUACCCCCAAUUAUGCUAUGGCAGACUUGGGUUCACUCUUGGUUGAUUCUCAGGAGGCUAUGAAAAAAUAUAUAAAACAAUAGUGUUCUCACCUCUGUGGUUUUCUGUUGAAAUUUGUGAACUAGAUGACGAAAACGUUGUGGAGCAAUCUGUCCCUUUCAAACGCAGCCUUCUCUUCGUCAAAUGAAGCCUUCUUUGGUGACACUUAUCAGGCAGUCGAUUUUUUUGGUGACAGUUAGCUAAGUGGUGAUAAAAAUGGUGACAUAUUUUUUGGGCAGCAUUUGUGGGCGAGGUGAGAGACAAGGAUGUCACAAGAUAGCGCAUGGCUUUGGAUGCCCAAGGUUGUUGAAUAGCAAGAUGAUGCACAGGAGAUGUGUCUAAUGGGGUUGUUUGCGGUGGUCCAGUUCCAGAUGCAGACCCAAGGUGACAUUGGUUCAAAACUGCACGAUAGAUAGAGGAAAAAGGAAGGCAAGAGGUAGAGGGAAUGCAUCUCAAAGACGAAAAUAGCAUUUGAAAAAGCUGCCUCAAGGUUUGGUUUGAGUGUCACCAAAAACAAAUGAACAGACUUUUGCAGGUUGCCUUGUUUGUUGUCCACUAUGAUCCUUGUUCAUUUCUCAAGGCCCCUCGAAAUCUCUCGUCUACAUCAGAGAAAUAAGGAUGGGGGGUAAAAUACCAUUCCAAUCGUUUUAUUUCAAAAGCGUUCGGUGUAAUUUUAGCCCUGCUUCAUCCUGAUGGGCAUGUCUCUUUUUGUAUUUAAUUUUUACGUCUUAAUGCUAUUAUGUGUUCCACUGUAUAUCGUAUAAAUCUGCCUUCUGAAUUAUUCUGAUUUUUUUAUGGAUAAACAUUAUUCAGUUCUUGAUCGAGAUAUACACGGGUUUGAUGAAUUUCUGUGGCAUUCAGAUCGAUUUCCAUAUUUUAUUUGUCUGAUAUCGAUUUUCAAAGUUGGUUGACGAAGUUGUAUUUUUUUCUUCUUCUUCUUUUGCAGCCGUGCAAAGACGGUUAACGAAAACUUGAAAAUGAAUGCUGCUCUUCUCUCACGAUUUGAUCUGAUCUUUAUCUUGCUUGAUAAACCGGAUGAAAUGCUAGAUAAGCGAGUGUCUGAUCACAUCAUGGCAGUAAGUUCCAUCCUUUUUACAAUGUGCUGGAGAACGGCCAUAAAUGCUACCUUUGUGUCUGUCUAUGAAAGUCUAAUCAGUAGUGUCUGCUUUCCAAUGAUUGGAUUGACCUACGGUUCCUGUUUCCUAAACUAUGUUUCAUAAAUAUAUUUUCGUGGGGCAGCUCCACACUGGAAACGGACAGCAUUCCUUGCCAGCCAAGAGACAAUGUUUAGGUAAUAUACGGCGCUUUACUGCUAGUGCUACUUCUUUGGACCCCAUCUCACCUGUAUUUAUUCUCAUUUCAUUAUGCAGCUCUGCACAACGAUAGAAAUCUGAACAUCGGUCUUGAAAGUGGUUCCUUGGCUUUGAGGUUGAGACUUGACCCGGUGAAAGACAAAAACUUCGCUCCUUUACCUGGCCCUCUUCUCAGGAAGUAUGUAGCUUAUGCUAGACAGUUCAUCUUUCCAAGGUGAUUUCUGCUGAUUUAAGAUGGCGAGGUUUUAUCAUCUUAGCAAGCGCAACUCUCUGAUUCCUCUGUCCGUGGUGAUUUAGGAUGUCUAAACCAGCUGCUGAAAUUCUACAGAAAUUUUACUUGAAACUGAGAGAUCAUAACAUGUCAGCCGAUGGCACACCGAUAACUGCGAGGCAAUUGGAGAGCCUGGUGAGGCUGGCGCAAGCACGUGCCCGCCUGGACCUGCGAGAAGAGAUAACUGCCGAGGAUGCAAUGGUGAUUAACUCUCCUUGGCCCUGAAUUUACUUCCAACCCAACACUUGAAAUUGCACAUUAGCUUCAUUCACCUUCAUCAUCCAUAUCCUGUCCUGAAUUCACUUCAAGCUCAUCCAAGGCAAACUGCUUGCCACAUUACCUAUUCUGCCGCUCCUUUCCUUUCCCAUAGAAGUGCUAUCCAAGUGAGCGAGAAAGAGGCCUCAAUUUCUUCAGCCAAGAAAAGGGGAGAAACUGGGAGGAGGUCGCAAGCUCUGUGUCCUGGAGAGUUCUCUCUUACGUUGCUUGCCCAAGAAUAUAGAACUCAAAUUUGUUUAACUCCCUUCAAACUUUUUUGCGUACAUCUACGCUGAAUUAUAAUUUGCCCGCAUGCUCUUGCUUAGGCGGUUAUAAAAAACACAAAAGAAUAUUUACUCUGUGGGGGAGGAAAGACGGGCUUCAUCCAACCAGGGAGAAAGGAGAAAAGGAGAUAUACAGGGAUGAAAACAUUAUGUCACACGAAGGGAAGGAGAGACACUCUGGCAGCAACACAUCAGGGGGAAGGACGAUGAAGAGGAAUAGGAAGAACCAAUUUUAUUUCUCUCUCUGGGUAUUUAUGCUCACUUAUCGACCAUCCCCAUAUUCUUGGAGGAGAGGGGAUGAGAUGGUUCCUUCCUCUGUUCAUCCCUGCCUAAUUUGGAAGUUAUCUGGCAUCAGCUUAUCUAUGCUUUCUCAGCGACCCAAUCCAACUCUCUGGCCCUGUAGGAUGUGGUUGAGAUCAUGAAAGAAUCAUUGUACGACAAGUACGUGGAUGAGCAUGGAGUCGUGGACUUUGCCAGAAGCGGUGGGAUGAGCCAACAGAAGGAGGCAAAGAGAUUCUUAAGCGCGCUCCAUAAACAAUCAGAACUGCAACAGAAGGACUGCUUCUCUAUCUCGGUAAGGAAUCUUCAAUAUCUGUUCAGGCGUGUCUCCAUUGAUCAGUAAUGGGCGAUACCCACAAGAUUCUGUUUUGUUUUAUUCUAUUUUUAUAUUAUUAUAUUCUAUUAUAUUCCAGUUCUUUCAUCCUUUUACAAUGUGGGGCUAUUCUUAGAGCAGCAUCUGAAGCAGUAUAAGAGCUCUGUUUUCUGAUCCGAUGCCGUGCUAUCUCUGCAACAGGAAAUUUACAGUCUGGCCGACAGAAUCAGCCUGAGGGUCCCCGACAUUGAUACAUUUGUAGAAAAUCUCAAUAGUGUUGGAUAUCUGCUCAAAAAGGGCCCCAGGAGUUACCAGGUAUGGUUUCAUGACGCAUUUUUCUUCUAGACAUAAAUUCACACAUAUUGGACCCCUGUGCACAUGAAGGUGUAAGAUGAGAGAGAGAGAAAGAGAGAGAGAGAGGAGCUUCCCACGUGUGAAAAGUGUAGGAUCGCCACGAGACCCAUGAGCCCUCUGACCCCAGCACCAACAGUGUUCUGGCACUAAUUCUCGUCAGACCCGUUUCAUUGGUGGACAUAUGACCACUAGGGACGGCCAUCUUGAGAGAGAUCAGAAGUCAUGAAAGGAAAAACCUUGGAGAUCGACUGUGCCAUAUCGGGAACUAGAGAAGACAAACACUACCAAAGAUAGAGAGAAUGGGGCGCGCGGAAAUUUCAUGUGGGACAUUUGGAGGAGAUUUUCAGGUUGACCGUGAGAAAUUGGGCCCUCCCCUGUCGUGAACUUUAUCUUCAUCUCUCUCGACUAUGGCAGAUGAUGAGCUUUUGACCGUUUAGAUGUCUUGCUGAGUGGGAAAACCCGCAUGUGCAGGUGCUGUCCUCAUCGUACUCGCGCAGUCAACCAGCAAGCUAA